CCACGAGAUAUCCCCCACCCCCAUCCCUAUCCCUUUCCGACGUGCCCUUGCCCCAUUAGGCCUCUCUCACCGGGCACCCCCUGGAGUGACUUGACCAAGGCCACACGGCAGACGAGUGGCGGAGUCGGAAUUAGAACCGAUGACCUUCUGCUUCCCAGGCCUGUGCUCUAUCUACUACGCCGCGAUAAGGUGCUUUGCGAAGGCUAAGCGAAGAAGGCUAGUGACGGGGCAGCCAUGGAGAACGGGGGCCGCCCUUCGGCGGGCCAGCUCAUCCUCCUGGGCGCCAGCUCGGCCAUCACUGCCAUCCUCUACUCCGUCUACAGGCGCAAGUCGCAAGUCGCUCAUAGCCUCAAGGGAGCUAAAAAAAUUAAUCUGGAUCGGGACUUGAAGAAUAUUCUCAUGGAAGCACCCGGGAAGUGCGUUCCUUACGCUGUUAUCGAAGGUGCCGUGCGGUCUGUGAAAGAAACUCUGAGCAGCCAGUUUUUGGAAAAUUGUAAAGGAGUAAUUCAGAGACUGACGCUCCAGGAGCACAAGAUGGUGUGGAAUCGAACGACGCAUCUCUGGAACGACUGCGAGAAGGUCAUCCACCAGCGAACCAACACGGUGCCCUUCGACCUGGUACCCCACGAGGAGGGCACGGGGGUGUCCAUCCGGGUCCUGAAGCCCCUGGACUCGGUGGACCUCGGCCUGGAGAGGGUGUACGAGAAGUUCCACCCCGCCGUCCAGUCCUUCGCCGACGUGAUCGGCCACUACAUCAGCGGCGAGAGACCCAAGGGCGUCCAGGAGACGGAGGAGAUGCUGAAGGUCGGGGCCGCCGUCACGGGGAUCGGGGAGCUGGUCCUGGACGACAGCUCCAUCCGCCUCCAGCCGCCCAAGCAGGGUUUGCACUACUACUUGAGCAGCCAGGACUUCGACACGCUGCUGCAGAGGCAGGAGUCGAGCGUCAGACUCUGGAAGGUGUUGACGGCGGUCUUCGGCUUCGCCACGUGCGCCACCCUCUUCUUCCUGCUCCGCCGGCAGUACCUGCGGCACCGGGAACGCCGGCGCGCGAAGCGGAUGCAGGAGGAGUUCCGGGAGAACGAGGCCCGGCUGCUGAGCGGGGCCGGCGGGGAGGACCGCGAGGCGCCCAAAGACGCCUGCGUCGUGUGCCUCGGCAACGUCAAGACCUGCGUCUUCCUGGAGUGCGGCCACGUCUGCUCGUGCACCGAGUGCUACCGGGCCCUGCCGCAGCCCAAGAGAUGCCCCAUUUGCAGACGGGAGAUCUCCCGGGUUGUUCCCCUCUACAACAGUUAACUGUCGGAGGUUCGGGGUGGACUGUGGAAACGGGGGGCCCCCUCCCGCCCCCGCAACCCGCGGGAUGUUUCUGGAGUCCCCCGGGGAGGCCGAGUAGCCUGGGCCGUGCUCCUCGGGGAUCAUCGGGGGUCGGGGAGGCAGGAGACUGUCCCGGUCUUCCGGAUUUUCCAGCGGAGAGUGGGAUCUCCAGGGAACCGUGGGCUCCUCGGGAAGGUCCCGCUGGUGGGACUGUUUUCCGUCGACGCGGACCGCGUCCCCUCUGCCUUCUGAAGCGAGAGUCCCGUUCUGCCUAGCGACCGCAUAUAUAUAUAUAUAUGUGUGUGUGUGUGUGUGUAUGUAUAUAUACAUAUAUAUACAUAUGUAUGUAUCUGCGCGCAAGGGUGAGCACGGGUGCGAGUGCGUGUGAGCGAGAUUUUUCUAACCCCCUGAACUCCGUGCCGGUUAUCUCCACCCCUUUCGCCCUCCGGACCGCUGUCUGUUUAAUAACCACCCGAGAACUUCCCGGGUUCUCUGUAGAUUCAGUAAAGCCCGGCUCCGGAGCGGUGAUAGAUAUCCCGGGCAAGGGAGGGCAAAGGAGGGAAGCUGGAAGGGAGCGGGCGAGGGGGUGGGGCGGGAUGGAGGCGGCGUCAGGCACGGCUCUCUCCAACACCCCCUCCCGCCUCGCCCCGGGUUCACCGACAGAUUCUUCCCACAAUGGCUAGCGAGGCCUCGAGACUGUUUUGUCCUCCUGGGCUCUCCAGUUGAGGAGAGGGACUGCGCGUGCGUGAGUUGUGUGGGUGUGGAGAAAUCAGGAAGUGAAACUCCCCCGUCUGCCCAGCUGCGUGGCAGGCAGAAAGGGAACCAAAUAGCAGAAGGGCGAAAAUAAGGAAGGGGGGCGGGAUACGGGAAAGAACGAAGAUAAGGAUACCGUUUGAGUCCGCUUUUCGGUUGGAGGGUGCCCGCCACCCCAAUCCCCACCGAGAUGGUCUCCCGAGAGUAGAAAUAACCCGAGAUGGACCUCAACACCCCCGGGCGCCUCAUUUCCGGGGUCCCGGGCUGAUGCCUUGGAGAUCCCAGGAGGCGGUGGCCCUCCUCUGGCCUCCAAGAAAGCAGUCAGGGGGAAACACGAAACAGUUCAGUGCCAGCCUUGAAGCUUCUUCGACCUGCAGGGAGUCUAACCAGCCAGUAUCGGACACCAAAGCCUUAGUUUUUGCUUCUUUUCGGGUGCAGAGCGAAGACCCCACACGUGCAGACUUUGCACCGUAGCCAGCCUGCGUUUAUUUGGACUCCCGCGUCGUUCAUCUUUUCCGAUGCCCCGACCGACAGCCGGUGGGGCCGGACGGGGGCUCCCCUCUCCCUCGCCCCGCUGCUCCUCCGUCCCCCAGCAAGCCAAAGUCCCCGGAGGGACCUCCGCUUUCCUCGAGCCUUAUGUCGUGCCCACCCGCCCCAUCCCCGAAGGCAUUCGGGUCACGGUGUUCCGCCCGAGACGGGGGGCACCGUAGGGUUGAAUGUCGCCAGUCCCGCGCGGUGUCCUUGCUCUAUCCGUGUGGAAUAAACAGUCACGUUGAAACGA